AUGUGGCACCAAAACUUGAGGUCGUCGAGCUUGUGGCAACGCGCCUGGAAUCGCAUCUUUCGGGCCAAGGAUUUCUAUAGCAGCAUAAGAGUGCUCAUUGCCUUGGCUUUCAUACUGGGAAUAACACCGUAUCAUGUUACGCAAAUCGGUUACCACGGCGAGCGUGUGGUGCGCGAAUCGUGGUAUGGCUUUGCUAAUGCUAUCAGCCGUUGGCUUAUUUUUGCCUAUUGCUACACACACGUUAAUCUGCAUAAUGAGUCCUUAAUUGGUUACUUUAUGCGCAACCACAUCUCGGUGAUGGGCACACGGAUUCACGAUAUUGGCGGCAUCAUAGCAGCUAUAUUUAUUUUCAUCGCGCCGAUUUUCCUUCGCCGUCAUUUGCGGCGAUCCUUAGAGGGUCUGGUUCGAGUCGAUCGUCGUUUACUGCGUAUAAAUUACAAUGUGGAUUAUCCGCGCAUUCAAUUCGAGUCGCUGCGCAUGCUGGUGAUAAUCACCGCAUUGGAUGCCACCAUCAUUAGCGUCUGCUUGACCUGCUUUGCUCAGAUGGAAGUAAGACCCUCGUGGCAGCUCAUCUUCAUCAUGACAUACGAAUUAAUAACCAUAUCAGUGACUGUUUUCAUGUUCUGCCUGCUGGCGCUCUCUGUUCGACGCCGCCUGUCGCGAUUGCAUAGGGUCAAUAGCUGGUACUCGUAA